CAUGCUUGUGGCUGCUUAUUUGGUGAUCAAAAUUACAUUCUCAUGAUGGAAGGAAAUCUCGAGGCUCUGGAGAACACUAUGCAAGAACUCGAGGCCAAACGAGAUGAUCUGUUAAGAAGAGUUGUCUUAGAGGAAGACAGAGGUUUGCAGCGGCUUGCUCAAGCAAGGGUAGAAAAUGUUGCCUCCCAAGUCAAUGAUCUGCUUAAGGCUAGAUCAGAUCAAACCAGAAGAUUGUGUCUCUGCGGAUACUGUUCCCAAAAUCUCAUAUCAAGCUGUGAUUAUGGUAAAAAGUUAGCCAAGAAAUUGAUAGCAGAGAAAUUGGUGGCAGAGAAAUUUUCUGUACCUAAGGUGAAGGAGAAGCAUAUCCAAACCACGGUUGGUUUGGAUACAACUGUCGAAAGCGUAUGGAACCACCUCAUGAGAGAUGGAAGCAGAACUUUGGGUGUUUAUGGUAUGGGGGGAGUAGGCAAAACCACUCUAUUGGCUCGUAUUAACAACAAGUUCCUUGAAGUGGUGAGUGGAUUUGAUAUUGUGAUUUGGGUUGUGGUCUCCAAAGAUUUGCAAAACGAGGUCAUCCAAGAGCAGAUAUUGGUAAGACUAGUCCUCGACAAGGAAUGUACACAAAAAACCGAAAUGGAGAAAGCCUCUUACAUAUACAAUAUCCUCAACAGAAAGAAACUUGUGUUGUUAUUGGAUAAUAUAUGGAGCAAAGUAGAUUUGAACAAAAUAGGAGUUCCACCUCGAACUCAAAGAAAUGGAUCCAAGAUACUUGUCACCACUCGCUCUAAAGAAUUUUGCAACGACAUGGAGGUUGGUGAGACAAUGGAAGUUAAGUGUUUGUCUCCAAAUGAAGCUUGGGACUUGUGCCAAAGGAAAGUUGGAGAAAUCACGUUAAAGAGCCAUAAUGAUAUUCCUGCACUUGCUGGAAAAGUUGCUGAAAAAUGUUGUGGCUUGCCACUUGCUCUCAGUGUCAUUGGCAAAGCUAUGUCAUGUAAAGAGACUAUACAAGAAUGGCAUCAUGCGGUUGAUGUGCUGAAUUCUUCUAGCCUCCACUAUCCAGGCAUGGAUUAUGAUGGUUUGAAGGAUGAAAAAGUCAAAUCUUGCUUCCUGUACUGUUCUUUGUUUCCGGAAGAUUCUGAAAUUGUGAAGGAGGAGUUGAUAGAACAUUGGAUAUGCCAAGGAUUUAUAGAUGGAAAUGGAGAUAAAGAUGUAGCUAACUACCAAGGCCAUGAUAUCAUUGGUUCAUUAGUUCGUGCACAUUUAUUGAUGAAUUGUGUUUGA